AUGACUGACUCUGUCAACCCGCCCCUCUCAUAUGAGGCAUCGGCCACCACCACCCACCCCCAUGUCGCAACCACCCUUCCUCCCGAGGUCAUUGCGUGUUUGAAGAACUCGCGAUUUCUCCAUCUCGCAACAUGUGAUGACCUGACCCCCCACAUCUCUCUCAUGUCAUAUACCUACCUCCCAUCGACGCCCUUCGACCCUUAUCCGACCAUUAUCAUGACCACCAACCCGUCCUCGCGCAAGACCAAUCACCUGUUGACCAACCCCCGAGUUUCCCUAUUGGUCCAUGACUGGGUCUCCCAUCGUCCGCCCACCCGAGCCUCCAACGCCGGCGAACGCGAAGGAUCCCCCCCACCGGCCGCGACGCGAUCCUCCUUGGCCAGUUUGCUAUUGAACCUCAACACGAGCGCUCUCUCGAGUAUCUCCACCACCAUCACCGGCACCGCCCGCUUCCUCGAGCCCGGCUCCGCCGAAGAAUCCUGGUGCAAGGAGCGGCACCUGGAGAACAACACCUUCGAGGAGGAAAUGGGUCUGUUUGGUCAACAGCAACAGCAGCAGCAAGAACCUGGUCAACGGCGCGCCAGCGUGUCGAUAGAUAGCGACGUGCGUGUUGUGACGGUUCGUGUGCGCGAAGGCCGCAUUGCCGACUGGAAGGGAGGUGUCCGGGAUUGGGUGGUGGUCCGGGAAGGCGAGGAACAAACUCCUUUGGUCAAUGGAACGUUGGAUGCUUAG